AGCUGGGGGAGGGGUGAGGAUGGAGGGAGCGUGGUCCGGGAAGAAGUGCCGGACCGGGCCUGCCGGCCUGGACUGGGCUAGGCGGAAGGGGGAACUGCUGUGGCGCCGGCGCCUUUUCCUCUGCCCCGCCCCCUGGGACACCCCCCACUCUCCCCCCCCCAACCCCCACCCCUGCUGUCCGCCGGCGGCGGCCGUUAGUCUUCUUGAGGCUGUUCCUUCAGGCCUUCUUUUGGACCGCGGAGAGUCCGCCCCACUGCCGGUACCACAGGCCCCAUCUCGGCUUUCGGCCUUACUUGUGAGAUAAAGGCCGGUCGGGACUCCGGGGCUUUCCCGCCAGAGCAGCGUCUUCUCUCAGGGGAAAGCUGUUAUCGUCGGGAAGUUCAGCCUUCCUGUCACUCCUGCUUCACCUCCCGCCUUCCUUAAGACCUGAAUGAUCUUUCUCGACUACUACUGCGACUCACGUCAACAUUUCACCAACUAUUACAUUCUGUGAUAUCUCCCUGACAUGUGAUAUCGCUAGUGCCACCACCAGAAAGAAACGUCUGGACCUUCCUGUCCGGGUUAUGAAAAUCCCCUUAACUGCCACAGUUUGCUUACCUGUCUCAUCGCCUCCUGGACUUUGUAUCUUUGCUAAAGCCAGUGAUGUGAAAAGACCUGUCAUGGAUGAUAUUGCUGAUAGGAUGAGGAUGGAUGCCGGGGAAGUAACUUUAGUGAAUCACCACUCUGUAUUCAAAACCCAUCACCUGGAACAAACAGGUUUUCCAGAGGACCAACUUUCACUUUCUGAUCAUCAGAUUUUACCUUCCAGGCAAGGAAAUUUGGACCAAUCUUUUACAUGUUCUACAAGAACUUCAGCUUAUAGUCCAAAUUAUUACUCAGACAACCCUUCCUCAGACAAUUUUCUUGGCUCAGGUGAUUUAAGAACUUUUGGCCAGAGUGCAAAUGGCCAGUGGAGAAAUUGUACUCCAGCUUCAGGUUCAACUUUACAAAAAUCAAGAAACAGCCGAAGUCUUUACCUCGAAACCCGAAAGACUUUGAGUGGAUUAUCAAACACUUUUAUGGGAAAGUCAAACCAUCACUGCCAUAUGUCUGCAUAUGAGAAAUCUUUUCCUAUUAAGCCUGUUCCAAGCCCAUCUUGGAGUGGUUCAUGUCGUCGAAACCUUUUGAGCCCCAAGAAAACUCAGAGGCGGCAUGUUAGCACAGCAGAAGAGACAGUUCAAGAAGAAGAAAGAGAGAUUUAUAGACAGCUGCUACAGAUGGUCACAGGGAAACAGUUUACUGUAGCUAAACCCACCACACAUUUUCCAUUACACCUGUCUCGAUGUCUUAGUUCCAAUAAGCAUACUUUGAAAGACCCACUGUUUAAAGAUGGAAACUCUUGUGCAGCUCAGUUCUUUGGCUCCGAUACUUCAUCAUCUGGAUCAGCCAGCAUUUUAACUACCCAGGAACAACUGUCCCACAGUGUAUAUCCCCUGUCAUCUUAUACCCCAGAUGUUGUUGCAUUUGGUUCCAAAGAUUCUGAUUCUCUCCCUCAAUCCCACCAUUACCACUCUCUUCCACAUCAACCAGAUAACUUACCAGCUUCAAAUACACAAUCUGAAGGAUCAGACUCUGUCAUUUUACUCAAAGUGAAAGAUUCUCAGAAUCCAACUCCCAGUCCUACUUUUUUCCAGGCAGAGCUGUGGAUCAAAGAAUUAACUAGCGUUUAUGACUCUCGAGCACGUGAGAGAUUGCGCCAGAUUGAAGAGCAGAAAGCACUGGCAUUACAGCUUCAAAAUCAGAGAUUGCAGGAACAGGAAUAUUCAGUACAUGAUUCGGUAGAAUUACAUCUUCGUGUACCUCUUGAAAAGGAGAUCCCUGUCACAGUCCCCCAAGAAACAGAAAAAAAAAGCCAUAAAUUAGCUGAUAGUGAAGAUGAAUUUCCUGAAAUUACAGAGGAAAUGGAGAAAGAAAUAAAGAAUGUAUUUCGUAAUGGGAACCAGGAUGAAGUUCUCAGUGAAGCAUUCCGCUUAACCAUUACACGCAAAGAUAUUCAAACUCUAAACCACCUGAACUGGCUCAAUGAUGAGAUCAUCAAUUUCUACAUGAAUAUGCUGAUGGAGCGAAGUAAAGAGAAGGGAUUGCCAAGUGUACAUGCAUUUAAUACCUUUUUUUUCACUAAGUUAAAAACAGCUGGAUAUCAGGCUGUGAAACGUUGGACAAAGAAAGUGGAUGUUUUUUCUGUUGACAUUCUUUUGGUGCCCAUUCACCUGGGAGUGCACUGGUGUCUAGCUGUUGUGGACUUCAGAAAGAAGAAUAUUACCUAUUAUGACUCUAUGGGUGGGAUAAACAAUGAAGCCUGCAGGAUCCUCUUACAGUACCUAAAGCAAGAAAGCAUUGACAAGAAAAGGAAAGAGUUUGACACCAAUGGCUGGCAGCUCUUCAGCAAGAAAAGCCAGGAAAUUCCACAGCAGAUGAAUGGGAGUGACUGUGGCAUGUUUGCCUGCAAAUAUGCUGACUGCAUUACCAAAGACAGUCCAAUCAACUUUACACAGCAACACAUGCCAUACUUCCGGAAACGGAUGGUCUGGGAAAUCCUUCAUCGAAAGCUCUUGUGAAGACUGUUUCAGUUAGCAGACAUUGCCCUUGUGGGGGACCAGCUCUUUGUCGUCUACAGCCAGAGACCUUGGAAACAGCUGCUCCCAGCCUUCUGUUCUUGUAAAGCCCUUGAUCCUGGACUAGGCCUUGGCAAGAUGCAUUCACAAGCACAUCUGCCUUUCCUUUUGUAUCUCAGAUACUAUUUUUGCAAAGCAAUUUUGGUGCUGUGAAAGGGGUGAAGGACAUCCCUAAGCUGAAGAGAGAGACUGAUUUUCACUUCUUCAGUUCUGCCAUCUUGUUUUCAAAGGGCUCCAACCUCACUUAGUCCCUAAGUAGGAGACUGAGAGAAGCUUGGAAAGAAUCCUGGUUUCCUAUAAACUCUGGUUGUUAGGCCUUACUAAGAGGUAGGAAAGGGCAUGGGCAAAAGGGUAGGGAUAAAAACCACCAGCAUAUACACGCACACAUGCUUUUUAAGAUGUGUAGUCAGGAAUGUGACGGUAAAUUGGGCUUUGGGGCACAUGCCCAAGUCUCCUCCUCUAGGACUUCUCCUAUUUAUAUGCCCCUAUGUGAAAUCCAUCUGCUUCUAUACAAAGCUGUUUUAUCAUGUCGCGUCCUCCCAUCCUGAGACUCAGCACAUGGGCCCUGGGAAGACCAGAGUCCCAGAAGUUGUUCCUUUAAAAACAAGGGUUUGCAUAUGCUAGCGACACCUGAUAGGGGAAAGACCCACCCAGGGAGCAGUUUAGUGGAGCAACAAAGCACCAUUUUUACUGCCACCUAGUUCUGACCAAGAAGAAGAAGGACCUCAGUCUUUAGUAUAAAAUUCCAGCAUUGGAUGAGUGCAGGUCUAGUUUGGUCUGUGGCUAGUUUAAAUAUGUUUCUAACCACAGAGGAUUUAAUAUAUAUAUUUCACAGAGAUACACUUUUUUUGUUGUUAAAGGCUGAGUUUGUUCACCAUUUUAGCCUGUAGAUUUAUUUCCAUUUUCCAAAUUUAGCUCCAGAACGCACAUAUCCCAGCCCCUAUGUGUAGGCGGUUGUGGACUUCCUAACAAUAUUUCAAGGCCUGGAUGAACUUUGGUUUAGUAAUAGAAGUUAAAGAGGGAGGUGAGCUUUUCAACUGAAAAAUGGGUGGGGUUUGGACUGAUCAAUUUGAGAUUAAAAAACUGCUAUUCCUUUUGUUCUAGUCUCUAGCCUCUCCCUCACCUUCUGAGAGCUCCUCAGGCUUAGAUAGUGAAAAUUAUCCAAUGCCUGUGUCAUUUUGUACUUAAGUUCCAAAAUAGGAACAUUUUAUACUUUUUUCUGUAUUGUAAUAGGUAGUUUUGUAUAGAAUCUUUUCCCCUCUUCCCUUGUACCCUAUCCUUUCCAGCAUUGUGCUUUCUCCCUGAGCUUAUUUGAAAAUUUUACUGUUUUAUACCAAGUUUGUUUAGUACAUUUUUUCUAUGUUUUACCACAGGUUACAAUUUGAAAAGAAAACUAUUUUUUUUUUUAAAUAUUCCAUUGUUAACUGAAUGUUACUGUUUCCACUCCAGCAACUAGAUGUCCUUUUUUUCGUAACUGCCUGCCUUUUGGGGGACUUUUUGUACAGACCAAAGCAGCAAAUAUUUAUUGCCAUGUACAACAGAAAAUGAAAUGAUGCAACAAAAGCACUUUGAAAAAAAUAUAAGGAAUUGUUGAGCUUCUCUGAACUUGGUCCCCCUCUCUGAUGAAUACAAUUUUCACAAGAUAGGAGUUGGUGAUCCUGAGAUCAGCCCACAUGGUAGGGGUGGGCCAAGCUGAGACAUAGGUUGCGGCCAAGGGUGGCCCAGUGAGAACAACAUACUGACAUAUAGUGGGUUGUUCUUUCCAGAAGCUAGCCAACAAGAGCAGCACUAGUAUCUGGAAACUUCUUUUCUCUUUCAUUUAAGGAUGGUUCUUGAUGACCAGACAGAAAAGGAGAUAUUCCUGCAUUCAUGUCCAAGGACAUGUUACCAAUACCUUGUUUAACCUAUCUUAAACUAAAUAAGCUUAUCACUUUCCUUUUCUCAUAUCUUCCCCUCCCCUGUGCUCCGUGCACUAGCUUAUCAUAAUCAACCUACUUCACCUUAAAAAGGAACACUUUUGAGGGAUGGUAAGUUCCAGAUGUCAGGUGUAGAGUCUUCAACAGAAACCACAGUCCUAACCAUCACUGCUGGACCUAUAGAGAGAAAAUCCUGCCCAUUUGAGAAUACACGAUCAUGGCGCAGAGGCUGGAUAUAUACCAUUUGUCACUGACUUGCUCAUAAGAAUCCUGUUUAUGGUUAAAUGUAAGAGUACUUCUUCCUCAUCAGGCCAGGAGACUUAGUGUAAAUUGACUCCUACAUAUGAGGUGCUUUCUACUUCUCUGUGGUAUCAACUCUUUUCUUUAACCACUGUAAUCACGUUAGCAUUUUCUUCCCACUACCUCCAGCAAGGUUAGCCCCCAAUUUUAGUUUUUCUGGAGUAGAAAAACAAAUAAUCAGGAAAAGCACUUCCACCAGCCUCACAGUCCAUCCAUCACUACCUGGUUUUACAUGGCCCAUAAAAAGCUCUAGUUGGUAGAGAAGAAGAGCCCUCACAUUUUAGUGUUUCAGCUUUUGGUCCUCCUGUACCAUCCUCCAGCCCUUAAAUGUCUUGCCAGAGUAAGAGAGAUGACGGGGUCAUCAUAGAGCCUAACAGUUGGGGUGGUUAGUCUUUUCCCUUGCGCCACAUGGAUGGACCAAAGUGAGGCCAAGUAUGAUGCACUCUUGAGUUCCCAUGUCCAAGAGUCAGCAAAGGAGGUAUAAGGCUCUCAGGCCCUGUUGUUGACUAGAAGAGGCCGUGUGCUGAGCCCCUGAUAAAGGUGCCCCGUUUCUCUGCCGAAGAGCAAUCUAUCCACAGCUUCAGAUUCAUCCUACAAUUUUGGAUGGGGUAAGUCAGACUCAGCCCAGCACCCUUCCUAAUGAUCCAGGGCCUUAUUUCACCUGUGGUGAAUUCUAAAAUCUAUCUACUAUAGGCCACAUAACUACCAUUCUCAGCUUUGGAGUUGUAGAGGGACACAUGGGGUAGGGACCAUGCUGAUCACCCACUAAGACAGAACUUACAUAUGCAAGCCCUUGGGAGAAAAGUAGGAAAGCAGGAGAUUUUAACCUGGAAUAUAAAUCUUGAAAUGUUAGUGUGAGCUGUCUCUCUGGCCUGUCAGAUACAGUAGGGAUAAUUGCAGUUGUGUGAGUAGCUGGACCACUGGAAGGUCGCUGAGGGCCAUAAUGCAGCUGGGCAUAUAAAUCAGUCAAGGUAGAGAUUCAAAGUUCAAGUUUAAGGCCAGAGUUGACACUGGGUCAGUUUUAGAGUUAAGGCCCAGGUCAGAGUCUUAUCCUAGUAGGCCAGAUCACAGUUGCAGAUGUUCCUCUAGUCUAAGCUACGAAGUAGCCCCCCUCAGUCUCCAACUUUGGGAGAUUUCCCUUCCACCCUUCACAGAACACAAAUGCUGGGAAAGAGACACACAAGGAACCCGGUCGUCAGUCUGCUGGGUGCCCCUCAUUCAAUUUGCUAUUUUAUUCCUUUCACAGAAACCUAACAAGCACACACAUCAAAAGCCCAACUCUUUUGACGCCAUCCCUGAUCACAUUAUCUUAAAAUCUCAUUUGGACAUCUGCAGCCCUUAUAAUCAGAAAAAUAUAACUCCACAUGGUAUUUGGAAUGAGACAUGUAGUCAUAGGUGAAUGAUUUGGUGCUUUUUAAAACCAGUAGUUAAAGCUGCUUGUCUCUGGCCUGUCAUGGAUGAGGUGGUGGUAGAGAAAGACAACAUUACAGGGAGGGAAAAAAAUAGGAAUGCCAUGACAGCCUGCAGCCUGGUUGGGGCCCCAAACCUUAUGCUGCCUUCUGCCCUUAACAAAAACACUUUCAGAAAGCAGUUUAGUAAAUAAAAAAUUAAGGGAAAAAAAGAUUGGAGCCAAAAUGCCUGGAUUUCUAGUUAAGCUAGGUGGCAAUUUAGCAAAUACAAACACAGGACCUCCUCACCCCCUCCCCAAAAAACGCAGUUUAACAUGUCUAUCCCAAGGGGCUUAUCAAAGUAUUUUUUCUAACCACACAGCUUUCUAUAUUUCCAGUGAUAUUUUACAUCCCUUAUAUACUGAGACUAUGGCUUGCUCUGCCUGGCUUGCCCUUUAAAUGGAUUAUUUCAUAUGCUUCCUGUGUCUUGUCUAUAAAUAAGAAGUAAGUUUUCUGAGGGCAUCAGAUACAUCUGAUACUUAUAGGGAGCCCUUUUUAUACAAGUGUUUAGGCAUUGGGCUUGGGAGGGCCUGAAGGGUGGAGUGAAGAGACAGUUUGACCAAGGAAAUGGCCACCCUGUUCUCAAGAACCUUACAAUCUAAUUUGGGAGACCAAGCAGACACCAGGCAUAUAGUUCAAUUUGAAACCGUAUGUGGAGGAGCGGCAGCGGUGGAGAUGAGUCAGAGAUGAUGUUGCCACUCCUUUACCUACCUACCUAUGUGUGACUCUCCCUAGUUUUAAAAAGUUGAUUUAUUUAAAAUAAAUUCUGUGGAUUUUGCUUCCUUGCUUUGACUGGAAACUCCCUGGUAAAAAGGAUUUGAUGAUGUUUGUCUCUCUAAGAUUGUCUCUCUGUCUGUUCUGUCUGUCUGUGUCUAUGUCUCCUGAUCCAAGCAGGACCAGUGAUUGGCUCCUCAGUGUGGUCUGGAUUCCUGAGUCCACCCCUAAACCAAGAGUGUGAAUACUGUUCAUUCAUUCAUUUCAUUCCACAUACCUGGAAUUGAAACCUGGAACGCAAAUAACAUGCAAAUGUGUGGCUCUCUGGCACU